AUGGGUGCCAUCAUCAGUUGUUGCUGUUAUUGUUGUGAUAAAACAUCAAAUAAAUACGAGGAAAAUUACCAAUCAACAAUUUUAAACGAUACAUCUUCAAAGGCAUAUGAUAAUAAAAUUCAUGUUUCGGAAAUCUAUGGAAAUAAUAAUGAUGUUGAACUUGCUCCAUCUGAUAAUCCAACAACAUCAACAUAUUUUCAAUCGAUUCUACAUCCAUCGAAAGAAUUUACACAGCAACCAAUUUCAUUAUCAUCUCAAUUAGAAGUAAAUUCAGUUAAUACAUUACCAGAAUCAUCAAAUACUCGAGAACAGAAUACAACUAUGUCGGUAAAUCAAAGUCUUUAUCGAACAACAUUAAAUUCUACAUUGUCACUUUCACCUUGUCAACCACGAUAUCAACGUGAUACAAUACAUUCAAAAACAGUAAAUAAAUUACAAAAACAUUCAAAUUCAUGUUCAACAAUUUAUGUUGAUGAUUCAACUGUUUCACAACCAAAUUGGAAAGCUAUGAUAAAAUGUGUUAGUAUUGCUAUACAUUCACAUAUUCUUCAUAGAAAAUCAAAUAAAACAAUGAAUAUAUUUGAUGAAAAACUUCAUCCACUAAGUAAAGAGCCUAUACCAGAUGAUUAUGAUAAACGAAUACCGGAACAAAAAACAAUUUAUCGUUUUAUGCGUAUGCUUUUUACAGCUGCACAAUUAACAGCUGAAUGUGCUAUUGUCACAUUGGUUUAUCUCGAACGUGUUUUAAGUUAUGGUGAACUUGAUUUAUGUCCAUCGAAUUGGAAACGACUUUUACUUGGAGCUGUCAUGUUAGCAUCAAAAGUAUGGGAUGAUCAAGCAGUAUGGAAUGUUGACUUUUGUCAAAUUCUUAAAGACAUAGCUGUUAACGAAAUGAACGAAUUAGAACGUGAAUAUGUUCAACUUCUUCAAUUUAAUGUUAAUGUUGCUUCAUCUAUUUAUGCUAAAUAUUAUUUUGAUUUACGACAAUUGGCAAAAGAAAACCAAAUAUCGUUUCCCGAUGAAUUACUUACUAAAGAAAAAGCAAUUAAACUUGAAGCUUUAUCAAUGGUUAAUAAUCGUCUUCAACAACCAUCCGCUAGUUCAAUAUCAACUUCAAAUCAAUCGAAUCCAACACAAAAUUCGCAUCAAUCAUCUUCUCAACAACAACCAUUAAUAUCACAUCUUUCAUUACGACGAUCAGCAAGUGUUGAAUUUGUACAAACACCACGCAAAUCGCUUCUUAUUAUAUCUUAG